GUGUGUUUGCUGCGAGAGCUGCAGGCUUGCGUCCCGGGACGAGAUGGCCGAGUCGUACUUCUCUGACUUUGGCUUGUUGUGGUACCUGGAGGAGCUCAGGCGGGAGGAGUUCUGGAAGUUCAAGGAGCACCUCAGGCAAGAGCCUCUCAAGUUUGACCUCAAGCCGAUCCCCUGGGCGGAGCUCAAGCGGGCGUCCAAGGGCGAGCUGGCCAGCCUGCUGGAGAAGCACUACCCGGGCACGCAGGCCUGGGAGCUGACGCUGGGCCUGUUCCUGCAGCUCAACCGCAAGGAUCUCUGGACAAAGGCGAAGGAAGAGAUGAGGAGUAAACUCAACCCGUACAGAAAUCACAUGAGGGACAAGUUCCAGCUCGUGUGGGAGAAGGAGAGCCGUCUUCCGGUGCCCGAGAGCUUCUACAGAGAGACGGUGAGCAGCGAGUGGGUCAGCGUGCAGGCGCUGUACGCAGAGGGCGAGCCGCACACGACCGUGCUGCACGGGCCCGAAGGCCGCGGCAAGACCAGCUUCCUGAGGAGGGUGAUGCUGGAGUGGGCGCUCGGCAACUUCCUGAGGGACAGGUUCACCUACGUCUUCUUCCUCGACGUCCUGGAGCUGAACGGCCUGCAGGAGACCAGCCUGGAGGAGCUGCUCUCUGCAGACUGGCCCGCGGCCGCCGGGGCCCUGGGAGACGUCCUCUCGGAGCCAGGCCGAGUCCUCUUCCUGCUGGAUGGCUUCGACGAGCUCAAGUUCGACCUGGAGCUCAAGGCUGACCUGUGCGGCGACUGGCGGCAGCGGCGGCCCCCGGCCGUGGUCCUCAGCAGCCUGCUGCAGAAGGCCAUGCUUCCGGAGUGCUCGCUGCUGCUGGCCCUGGGCACCGUGGGCGUCCGCAGGUACUACCCCCUGCUGCACUCGCCCAGGCACAUGCUGCUCCCGGGCUUCAGCGAGCAGCACAGGAAGCAGUACAUCUGCCACUUCUUCCCCGAGAGGGACGACGCCCUCCGCGUCGCCAGCUUCCUGAGGGACAUCCCCUCGCUCUUCGCCAUGUGUGAAAGCCCCCUGGUGUGCUGGCUGGUCUGCACUUGCCUCGCGUGGCAGCUGGAGCGCGGCGAGAGCCUGCACGUGGGCACCAGCAACACCACCUCCCUGCAGCUCUUCUUCCUGAUCAGCGCCCUGCAGGUCGGGAGCCGGGCUGGCCCUCCGCUGCCCGCGCCGGCCCGCAAGCGCCUGCAGAGCCUGUGUCGCCUGGCCGCCGAGGCCACGUGGACCCAGACGCCCGUGUUCCGCCGGGAGGACCUCCAGAGGCACGGGAUGGCGGAGCCUGACAUCAGGGCGUGGGUGGACACCCACUGCCUGCGGCCCAGCGGGGACGCCUAUAUCUUCAGCCACGUGUCCCUCCGGGAGUUCUGUGCCGCCCUGUUCUAUCUGCUGCAGCAGCCCGACGACCCUCCGCAGCCGGGCGUGGGGGGCGUGUCCCAGGUGAUCCCCGCCAGCCUGAGUUUCGACCACAGCCACCUGGCCCGGCUCGGGGUGUUUCUGUUCGGCGUCUGCAGCAGGAGGGUCUCCCAGGUGCUGGAGACCUACUUUGGGGUGCUGCCGACCAGCGAGCUGAAGGCACAGAUCCUGGGGUGCGUCCGGAGCAUGAGCCAGGGCAAGCCCGAAUCUGCCGUAUGUUUCCAGAAGCUGUUCCACGGCUUGUUUGAGAUACAUGAGAGGGAAUUUGCUACGCAAGUGAUGGACCUUUUCGAAGAGGUUAUGACUUACAUGGACAGCGUGGAGCAGCUGGUGCUGACCACGUACUCCCUCAAGAACUGCCGCAACGUCCAGCAGCUGCACGUGUGUGUGGAGAACAUCUUCGAUGCCGCACCUGCCGAGGGCAGCGAGGAGCUGAGCUGCUGGAAGGAGUUCUGCUCCGUGCUGGGCACCAGGACGAGCCUGCAGGUGCUGGACCUGGACAACUGUAAGCUGAACGAGGCUUGCCUGAGCGUGCUCUGGAACGCGCUGGCGCAGCCCACCUGCACGCCCCACAGCUUGGCGUGUAAUUUUUUGUCACACUUUGGAAAUGGCGUGACCUUCUGGGACGCGGUUCUUGGGCGGCCUCACCUGAGAUACUUGAACUUGUACCACACCACCAUCGCCCCGUUCGGGGUCACGUACAUGUGUGAGAUGCUGAAGCAGCGGGAGUGCCACGUGGACGUGCUGAUACUGACCAAAUGUGACAUCAAAAGUGACAAAUGUCAACAUCUCAGCGAAGUCCUGACCUGCAACAACAGGCUCAAGUGCCUCUCCCUGGGGGAGAACCCGCUCAAUAACGAAGGGGUCAUGGAGCUGUGCGAGGGUCUGAAGCACCCUCAGUGCGUGCUGCGUACGCUGGUGUUAAACUUCUGCUGCAUCACAGCUGUCUCCUGUGAGUACAUCGCCCAAGCCCUUCUGUGCAACAAAACCUUGUCCCUGCUGGACCUAGGCUCCAACAUGCUGGAGGACAAGGGGGUGGCGAUCCUCUGUGAGGCCCUGAAGCACCCGGACUGCACCCUGCAGGAGCUGUGGCUGGCAGGCUGCUACCUCACCCCGGCCUGCUGCGAGGACAUCGCUGCGGCUCUCCUCUGCAACACAAACCUCAACACGCUGAAGCUUGGAAAGAACAGCAUCCAGGACAACGGGGUCCAGCGCCUGUGCCAAGCGCUGAGGCACCAAAGCUGCCAGCUGCAGCACCUCAGCCUGGAGCUGUGUCAGCUCACCGGUGCCUGCAUGGAAGACCUGGCCCCGGUGCUCACGAGCUGCAAGACGCUGCAGAGCCUGAACCUGGAUGGGAUCGCGCUGGACUGUGAUGGGGCGGAGCUGCUGUGUGAGGCCUUGGCCCACCCCGACUGUGGGCUGAAGAUGCUCGGGCUGGACAAAUGCGCCUACGGACAGGAGUUGGAGCUGCGGCUCUCGGCUGUGGAGGAGAAGCAGCCGCAGCUGACCAUCCAGCACGAGCCCUGGCUGAUGAUAGAGAACCGGGUCAAGGGCCUGAUGCUCUGA